CAGGAACAUGGACGUGACAACCAGAUUGACGUGGAUACAGGAACGGAUUCUGGGGAAACUACUUGGGAAUACAUCUUUAACUCUUCUCUAUCAGUCUAGAGUUCAUCAACUGUGCACUCUUGACAUGAGUAAGAGAUGUGCUCAUCAGAGAUCCACGAUGACAGUAGUUCACUUGAAGCAAGCUGUUGUGGGUGUUUUUAUGCUGGAAGAGUUUCCCAUUUUACAUUCUGAUAAGCCAAGUACUUGUGUUUGGUUUUCAUUUAAAGAGAAUAACAGCACUGGAAUGUCGACUUUACUUUUGAACACACAAGUAGAAGUCAGGGGUACACUUCUGAAGUUUUCCUCUCUUGAUGGUUUGUCACUCUCUGUGGAUCCAGGAACAUACAAACUUCAUCUUAAUGAUGCAGUGAUAAAAGAACUCAAACUCAAUGCUAAACCUGUCUCUGGAUAUUUGGAGUGCGAAAUUUUCCGAGUUGAUGGCGUUAAGAAUGAUCCAGGCUUCAUAAAGAAGAUGUUGACCGUCCGACAGUACCGAGGAAGGUUACUAUCUGCUCUCAGAGCCUACAGGCCCAAAAAAGACUUGGUUUCAGAAGUUCGUAUUCUCUUGGUGGGUCCAGUAGGUUCUGGAAAGUCCAGCUUUUUCAAUUCAGUGAAGUCUGCUUUCCAAGGCCACCUAACUCGCCAGGCCAUUGUGGGGUCUGACGAAACCAGCAUUACCAAACAGUACAGAAUAUAUUCUGUUAAAGAUGGAGAAGGUGGGAAAACACUCCCAUUUAUGCUGUGUGAUUCAAUGGGGCUGGAUGAGAGAGAAGAAGCAGGACUAUGCAUAGAUGACAUAUCUCAUAUCUUAAAAGGCUGUGUACCAGACCGGUAUCAGUUCAACCCGUGUAAGCCGAUUAAGCCAAAGCACUCCACUUCCGUCACCUCUCCACCACUGAAGGACAGGAUUCACUGUGUGGCUUAUGUCUUAAACAUCAACUCUGUUAACACCCUGUCAGAUAAAAUGGUGGCAAAGCUCAAAGAAGUCCACAAAGAUGCAGCAGACUGUGGUGUCGGACAAGUAGCCUUGCUUACUAAUGUGAAUAACUGUGAUGAAGUUCUUGAUGACAGUUUUUUAAACAUGGCAGAAAAUAUGACUUCUCAAAGCCAGGUAAAGAAUGUACAAAACAUGCUAAAUAUUCCUAUAGCUAAUAUCUUGAUGGUUAGUAACUAUGCUUCGGAGCGAUCGUUGGAACCUAUGAAGGAUGUCCUGAUCCUUGCUGCACUCAGGCAGAUGUUGAGGGCUGCAGAUGACUCCUUAGAAGACUUGCCUCCUGAGGAAACUGCAUAAGCUAAUGGCUCCUUCAACAGCUAAUCAUGAAUCAAAAAUGAAGAUGAAGCCUGAGAAGUGGAGAGGAGAGAGAUGCCCUACAACAAAUAUGCUUCCAUAUGCCUGUACCCACUACAGUUUAAUAUCUUGAUGUCUUUGCUUUUAUUUCUCUAGCACAUUAUGCAAUUCUGUGUAUUCUAAUCAAUUGCACAGUGAUUACAAAAUUAUAUAGAUAUCUGCUAUUCUAAAUAGAGUGUAAGUUCUUUGAGAAACAGGCCUUGGAUUUGCCUUUCUAGUCACAGAGCUCAACACAACUUCUGAUAAAUCUUUCGGAUACUCACAAUGACUCUUCUGCACCACUUUCUCUAGCUUGAUGAUUUACUUAGACAUCUACUCCAUAUAGAUGGGAAGACACAAAGAGUAAGAUGCUGGAAAGAGAACAAGAAAAUAAGUGUCAAGAGGGUGUUACUUAUCUCUGCUUGAAAACAUGGAUGCCUCUAAACAAUUUAAAUUAAUUAAAAAGAGUCAAUAUUUGUUAACAACUUUGUUAAUUACAUUAAU